AUGGCAUCCCUCAAGGACGCCUACAUCGGGGAGACGCUGCAGCCCUUGACCGCCGACCUGGCCAGGGAUGCACUCCACUCCAUGCCGGAGGCCCCCGCCGACUUCAUCGUCCAGUGGCUCCGCCAGCGGGUCCCAAACCACGAAGCGCCGAUGUCCCUCCGCCGUCGCAACGAGGCACUGAAGCAGGAGAUGUCUGCCUUACAGGGCAGCCUGGCUUCCAAGAUUACGAAGGAGAAGCCUGCCGGGCUCGCGGACUGCACCGAUGAGGACUGCGACAUGGACAUGCCUUUCGCAAUGGCGGGCCUCCCGCAGAUGCAAGCGCCCUUCAAGCAGGGCGAGCUGUUGCAGUACCAGCCCCGCACGGACACCUGGGAGAAGGUGCUCGUUCUCCUCGGCCCCGGCAUCCUCGAGACCUUCGCCGAACCCACCAAGGAGCGCCAAGCCCGGCUGAUGCUGGGAGCCACCGGCUCCGCCAAGAUCGAGCACGAGAAGCUCCCGCCGGAGUUCGAGGGCUACGCCAUCGAAGUGUCGAAUUUCGUGCAGGCGGAGCCGGCGUUGACGCACCUCUGCCUGGCGGCACCAACGGAGGAGGAGAGGCGGGAGUGGCUCCUGGCCAUCAACGGCCACGCAGCCCGGCUGCAAUUUGCCAGACACCACACACCCCAGGCGCAUCAGUCUGUUCUGUUCGGUUCUAGCAAGAUGUUGGCUCAUCGGGUUUCUAAAGAGGGCCUCUGCUUGUCGCCGACUAAGACCACGAUGCUGCUCUGCAAGAUGGGGGCCACUAUCGCCACGCUUUACGCAGAGCUUCAGAGGCUGAAGUCUGGCGCCGGCCUCGCACCGGCAAAGCCCGAAGGCCGGGGAAUGCGGGACGGAUAUCCUUGGGCUUGGGAGGUUGUGUUGCUGAAGAGAGGAGGGGUGCUUCCAUACGGAGGCCAUCAUGAUUCGCACUGCUCUUUCGAAGACUCCUACUUGGAGGAUCAGAGCAGUUAUUGUAGUGUGUAA